AUGAAGUUGCUGGGAUGGUGGUUGAUGCUUGUGGGCACGCUUCGAUUGGCUUCUGUUUGGUUCGGAUUUUUCGACAUUUGGGCCCUUCGUCUCGCUGUUUUCUCCCAAACGCCCAUGACUGAAGUUCAUGGACGUACAUUUGGAGUUUGGACUCUUUUGACUUGCACCCUUUGCGUUCUUUGUGCGUUCAACCUCGGGAACAAGCCUAUAUAUCUAGCCACUUUCCUAUCAUUCGUCUAUGCCUUGGGCCAUUUUUUGACGGAGUAUCUGAUUUACCACACCAUGGCUAUUGGAAAUUUGACAACUGUCAGCAUUUUUGCAGGCACAUCCAUUGUAUGGAUGCUGUUGCAGUGGAAUUCGCAUCAACCGAUCAAGACUAAACAAGUAUAA